AAGGUUGUCCUGUACUUCAGACAUGGCUUCGGGAAAGUUCUGUCUUCGAGUCGUUUUUCUCGUGGUCCUUUUGGCUCUGCUCCUGACAGAAGGGGACGGUAUUCUCCGCCUAGGCCGACGCCGCCGCCGUCGCUGCUCCUGCUCCUGGGGUAGCUGGAGCUCUUGGUCCGGAUGCUCCGCGUCGUGCGGCGGGGGAACUCAGCAGCGAACGAGGUCCCGGAAGUCUUGCUGCUCUCCAAGGCAGGAGACACAGACCACCCGCUGUAACACCCACAGCUGCUGCAGCUGCACCUGGCGUCCUUGGAGCUCCUGGAGCAGCUGUUCGCGUACAUGUGGCGAAGGAACGAUGACUCGAACCCGACAUCAGGACUCCUGCUGUUCUCCCAGCUCUGACACCCAGACUACGUCCUGUAACACCCAGCCGUGCUGUUCGUGUGAGUGGGGGGACUGGUACCCAUGGAGUAACUGUACACAGACUUGUGGAGGAGGAACGAUGACUCGAAGCAGACAUCGUGACUCCUGCUGUUCUCCCAGCUCUGACAGCGAGACCAUGUCCUGUAACACACAGCCGUGCUGCCGGUGUGAGUGGGGGAACUGGUACCCAUGGAGCUCCUGUUCACCGGCUUGUGGGGAGGGCCAGCAAACCCGCACCAGGUACCGGGACUACUGCUGCAACCCAAGUCAUGAGGAGGGCACCCGGCACUGUCACAACCAGUGUGAUGGGCCCUCAAAUACUAACGGUGGUUCGUCAACCUCCUUUUGGAACACCGAAACGUUGGCGUUGGUUAUCCAGGAGGUUCUGAUCGGGAUUGGCAUGACCGGCGCCAUGGUGUGGUACUGCUGCAUCAGAGACCCCAACAGAGUCAUGGAUAUUAGAGGAAAAAUAUAGGGAAUGCUUAUGAAUGCAGUGGAAAAUGAAAUACAUUUUGUUAGCCAGUGUCCUCACUAUGAGACCGGAAGAAACAGAUUAUGUCA